UAACUCGCCGCACAGCUGUUUAUUCUGGCGCUCUUUCCCAUUUUUGCUGGAAUAGUUUGUUUUUCGUGUUUGGCCGUAAUAAAAAUGACCCACGCCGCCCCACAAUUGGCCGGCGGAACAGUGCAGCAGAAAAGGAAGAUACUGAGCGCCGGGGAGUACAACCGGAUCUGCCAGUUCAUCAAUGGCUACCACGGAUUGGCCAUCGACUGUGAGUUCGAGUUGAGGAACCGCUUCUUCCAGGACGUGGAGCCGAAUGCCCUCUCAUGCAUCCUCCAAUCGGAGCUCUGCAACAAGUCGCGGGGUCAACACUGGAAGCAGGAGCAGCGGGGAAAGAAGCUAUUAAAAAUCUAUGAGGAGCAGAAAAACCUAUAUGACAACGCUCUGCUGAUCCGGAUGGCCUGUGCCGAGGGACUGAAUCCGGUGGCUCUCUGCCGGAUGCUUCUGCAGGAGAAGUACAAGCUGCGCCACCGUUCGCACAUCUCGCGCUUCCUGAAGCAUCCGCAUCUCAUCGACGAUCCCCGACUGGCGGCCAAUGUGCAGCAGUGCAUGAUCAGCGACAAUCAGGAGGGAUCCAUUACGGACCUGCGUCGCCGCAUCCUCGGCGAGGAAUACGAACUGAAGCUCAAGACACUGGCCAAAGAGGCGGGUAUCCACUUCUACGACGAACAGGAUUUGCGGCGGAUGGGCUAUGACAAGACGCCGGACAUCAAGAUGAUCCUGCCAUUUCUGUACAAGGACUCUGUGAUCAACUGGAUCGAGAGCAAGGCCAAUUUCGGGGACACCAAGGGACACAAGUUCAAUAUUCAACAGCAGCUUCAUAGCUACUGCAAUCGUUUUGGACCUGGGAUCAUAAUCUAUUGGUUUGGUUAUCACGAGGAAACGCCAACGCUUCCGGAUAAUAACAUUGGUAUUACUGUACUAGCUGACUUUCCAGCCAAAGAGGAUUUGGUUUUUAUGCAGCUCGCACAAGGAGAAAUACACACAAAAACUUUAGAGGAAACCAGUUCGGCGACUUUAUCUUUAGGAAAAUCCAGAGAAAAGGAGAGUCCAGCCAAAAAAAUAAAAAAGCACUCGUGAAAGUGAAAAUACUCAUAGCAAAACGAAGAAACAGGGAAUAUCCUACUUCGCAAUUUAUGAAAUGUCUCAUUUUUUUUUUUACCUAUUUAAAGAUAUGUGCUCGUUAUACAUGUUCUUACAUUUAAACUAGAAAUCAUCAAAUUCUGAGUAGGUUUAAACAAUCAAGUUAAUAUAGUUUUAAACAUCAUCAACUUCCCAAAAACAAUGGGAAUUGGUAAUUUAAAGACGGGAAUGCUUUGCAUUUGAAAUCUAGCAUAAAGACAAUGCUGCUGCAGCGAAACAAGUUUUGUUUUUAUUCAUAACAAUUAGUUCUCUUUUUAUUGUAUUUAAAAAUUCUCAUUUACAUGAUUUUCUCAUUUGUUUAUAGUACAAAAAGAUUGUUUUAUUUUUUU